CCUCCCUCCCGCUCCGCCCGCUCCGCCCGCGCCUCCAGUUCGGCUCCUCCCCGCGCGGCGGCGGAGGCUGCUCCGUCCGAACCCGCUCGGCUCCAGCCCAGCCCGGGCGCGCGGCCGCCACCUGCCCGGCGCCGCCUCCGCCCGCCCCGCGCUGCCCAACUUGGAUGGAGUUGGGGUGCUGAGCGCCCGGGAGAGCCCGCGCCGCCGCCGCCUCCGGCCCGGGACCCGCUCCGCGAUCCGCGCUCCGCGAUGGGAAAAGUUGGCGCCGCCGGCGGUGGCCCCGCGGCCGGGCUGGGCGCGCUCCUCGCGGGCGCGGGGCUCCUGGUCCUCUGCUCCCCGGGCGCCUGCGGAGGCGGCUCCUGCUGCCCCCCGCCGCCCCCCGGCUCCGGCCCGCGCUGGCUGCCCACCCCAGGGGGCUCCCUUCCCCCGGGGCCGCGAAGUCGGGCUCCCGCCACGCCCCCGCCCCUCCCGGGGCGCCCCCUGUUCGCAGUGGCCCCCGGGGACCGAGCGCUGGCCCUGCAGCGGGUCCGGGGCCCCGGGGCGCCCGCGGCGGCCGCUCGGCGCUCCGGCCGGAGGAGGAGACGGAGCGGAGCGGAUCGGGAGCCGGCGGACCGCGGGGAGGGCUGGGGGAGAAGCCCCCGGGGAGUCCUGCGGGACGGGGGGCAGCCCGAGCCCCAGACUCCCGAGCGGGACCCCGACAAAGCCACCCGCUUCCGGACGGAGGAGCUGAGGCUGACCAGCACCACGUUCGCGCUGACGGGCGACUCGGCGCACAACCAGGCGAUGGUCCACUGGUCCGGCCACAACAGCAGCGUGAUUCUCAUUUUGACAAAGCUCUAUGACUAUAACCUGGGGAGCAUCACUGAGAGCUCACUUUGGAGGUCAACCGAUUAUGGGACAACCUAUGAGAAGCUGAAUGAUAAAGUUGGGUUGAAAACAAUAUUAAGUUAUCUCUACGUGUGUCCUACCAACAAGCGUAAGAUUAUGUUACUCACAGACCCGGAGAUUGAGAGCAGUUUACUGAUCAGCUCAGAUGAAGGAGCGACCUAUCAAAAGUACCGGCUGAGCUUCUACAUCCAGAGCUUGCUCUUCCACCCCAAGCAGGAGGACUGGAUUCUGGCGUACAGCCAAGACCAGAAGUUAUACAGCUCUGCAGAGUUUGGGAGAAGGUGGCAGCUUAUCCAGGAAGGGGUUGUACCCAACAGGUUCUACUGGUCUGUGAUGGGUUCAAACAAGGAACCAGAUCUUGUGCAUCUCGAGGCCAGAACUGUGGAUGGUCAUUCGCAAUACCUGACUUGCCGCAUGCAGAACUGCACGGAUGCCAACAGAAAUAGACCUUUCCCAGGCUACAUUGACCCGGACUCCUUGAUUGUGCAGGAUGAUUACGUGUUUGUUCAGCUGACAUCUGGAGGACGGCCGCAUUACUACGUGUCCUACCAAAGGAAUGCCUUUGCCCAGAUGAAGCUGCCCAAGUACGCUCUGCCCAAGGACAUGCACGUCAUCAGCACAGAUGAGAAUCAAGUGUUUGCAGCGGUCCAAGAAUGGAACCAAAACGACACCUACAACCUCUACAUCUCAGACACCAGGGGUGUCUACUUCACCUUGGCUUUGGAGAAUGUCCAGAGUAGCAGAGGCCCUGAGGGCAAUAUCAUGAUCGACCUUUAUGAGGUAGCAGGGAUAAAGGGGAUGUUCUUGGCUAACAAGAAGAUUGACAACCAAGUGAAGACGUUCAUCACCUAUAACAAGGGCAGAGACUGGCAUUUGCUGCAGGCGCCGGACACGGACUUAAGGGGGGACCCUGUGCACUGCUUACUGCCUUAUUGCUCACUACACCUUCACCUUAAGGUCUCUGAGAAUCCCUACACAUCAGGGAUCAUUGCCAGCCGAGAGACAGCUCCUAGCAUCAUAGUGGCUUCAGGUAACAUAGGCUCUGAAUUGUCAGACAGCGACAUCAGCAUGUUUGUCUCUUCAGAUGCAGGAAACACUUGGAGGCAGAUCUUUGAAGAAGAGCACAGUGUUCUGUAUCUGGAUCAAGGUGGAGUCCUAGUUGCUAUGAAGCACACGUCUCUUCCAAUUCGGCAUCUCUGGUUGAGUUUUGAUGAAGGGAGAUCUUGGAGCAAAUACAGUUUCACAUCUAUUCCCCUUUUUGUGGACGGGGUUCUGGGUGAGCCUGGGGAAGAGACUCUAAUCAUGACAGUGUUUGGACACUUCAGCCACCGCUCAGAAUGGCAGCUGGUCAAAGUGGACUACAAGUCCAUUUUCGAUAGACGGUGUGCCGAGGAGGACUACAGACCUUGGCAGCUGCACAGCCAGGGGGAAGCAUGCAUCAUGGGAGCCAAAAGGAUAUAUAAGAAGCGGAAAUCAGAGCGGAAAUGUAUGCAAGGAAAGUAUGCAGGAGCCAUGGAAUCUGAACCCUGUGUCUGCACAGAGGCUGAUUUCGACUGUGACUAUGGUUAUGAACGACACAGCAAUGGUCAGUGCCUGCCAGCAUUUUGGUUCAAUCCAUCUUCUCUGUCCAAGGAUUGCAGCCUGGGACAGAGUUAUCUCAACAGUACUGGGUAUAGGAAGGUGGUUUCCAAUAACUGCACAGAUGGCGUGAGAGAACAGUACACAGCCAAACCACAGAAGUGUCCAGGGAAGGCCCCACGGGGUCUCCGGAUUGUCACGGCGGAUGGAAAGUUGACAGCAGAGCAAGGGCACAAUGUCACGCUCAUGGUGCAAUUGGAAGAGGGCGACGUUCAGAGGACAUUCAUCCAAGUGGACUUCGGUGAUGGCAUUGCAGUGUCGUAUGUCAACCUCAGCUCCAUGGAAGACGGGAUCAAACACGUCUAUCACAAUGUGGGCAUUUUCCGAGUGACCGUGCGGGUGGACAACAGUCUCGGGUCUGACAGCGCCGUCCUGUACUUACAUGUAACUUGUCCCCUGGAGCAUGUGCACCUGGCCCUGCCCUUUGUCACCACAAAGAACAAAGAGGUCAACGCAACUGCCGUGCUGUGGCCCAGCCAAGUGGGCACCCUCACCUACGUGUGGUGGUACGGGAACAACACGGAGCCCUUGAUCACCUUGGAAGGCAGCAUAUCAUUCAAGUUUACCUCUGAAGGGAUGAAUACCAUCACAGUACAGGUCUCAGCUGGGAAUGCCAUUUUGCAAGACACCAAGACCAUUGCAGUGUAUGAGGAAUUUCGAUCUCUUCGUCUGUCCUUUUCUCCAAACCUGGAUGAUUACAACCCGGACAUCCCCGAGUGGAGGAGGGACAUCAGCCGAGUCAUCAAGAAGUCCCUGGUGGAAGCUACUGGGAUUCCAAGCCCUCACAUCCUGGUGGCGGUGCUCCCUGGUUUACCCACGGCUGCUGAGCUCUUUGUCCUGCCAUAUCAGGAUCCAACAGGAGAGAACAAAAGGUCAGCUGAGGAUCUGGAGCAGAUAUCAGAACUACUGAUCCAUAAGCUCAACCAGAACUCGGUGCACUUUGAGCUGAAACCUGGGAUCCAAGUCCUCGUCCACGCAGCCCACUUAACAGCAGCCCCAUUGAUCGACCUCACUCCGACCCACAGUGGAUCCGCCAUGCUGAUGCUGCUCUCCGUGGUGUUCGUGGGGCUGGCCGUGUUUGUCAUCUACAAGUUUAAAAGGAAGAUCCCCGGGAUAAAUGUUUAUGCCCAGAUGCAAAAUGAGAAAGAACGGGAGAUGGUCAGUCCCGUCAGUCCCACUGAGAGCAGGCCCCAGAUCUCUCAGACUGACCUGAGGAGGCCUGGCCCGCUGAUAGAUGAGAAGGUGGAAUCCCAGCUCCUAGGAGAGUAGCUUUACCCUCCCCUCCCUCCCCUUCUGCUCAACCUGGUGACUCAUCUCUCCGAUUGCAAAGAGCAAGACACGCCACGCCACCUUCAACACCAAAGCGGGGAUCUGCUGGGGCACACUUUGCAAUUUAAGGAAAACUCCCCCAGAGGCUCCAGGCGACCUGCUUGCCACCCAUCAGGAAAGAAUUUCGCUCUUGUCAAGCGCAUCACCCUUCAUGACCACUAACUCUGUGUAUUCUUUCUUUCCUCUGUUGUUCUGUUUCCUAUUUUGCCAGGAAGUAUUUCCAUAGUUGCUGAGAAUCAAAGCACAAAAGAAAUCCCUACCUAUAUAAAUGUUUGAAUGGAGGACGCCAGUAAAAAACAAAACAAAACAAAAACAAACAAACCAAACAAAUAAAGUAAAAAAACAAUCAACAUCCAAACAAACAAACACUCACUGCAUCGGGACUUGUUAAUUCUCCAGACACAGACAACAAGGGUUGUUAGCUUUAAGCCUGUGCAUGUGGAUGGUACCUUGAGAACACGCUUGGAGGGGCAGUGGACAGGUGCUCUCUUUUCAUGGACAAACACUCCCCUCCCCCUCUCUGCUCUCUCUCUUUUUCUGAUCCGUCGUGUUUAUAGAAAAUUCCUAACAUAUACAGGCCAAGGAAAUCUGCAUGCAUUUUUGGAACUCUUCUUGGCUCUAGAUUUAACAGCUAUUUCAGCUCUAUCCCAGCCCCUUUUCACAAAGAUACCAAGACAUGCACAGAAGUUCAAACCCUGAGCUAGUUCUCUGUUCCAUCUUCCUUAUGGCCAUGCCCACUUCCAAGGUAUCUGGUGGCUGUGUUGGCCAACAGUGGCCAUGAGGCUGCUUUCUGCAUCCUGUGUAGAAGUUCCCCGUAUGUAGGCAGAGUAGGGAAGGACAGCUAUCAAGGGCAAGCAUGUCAGAAGUGGACCCAUGUUCCCUGUUCAUCAUUUCUGGUUAUAACUGCUUGCCUCACAGCUUUCUUUACUCCUCCUCCAAUUUAUAUGAAAAACAGAAUCUUAGUUACCCCUGGACCUGCCUUCCCCUUUGUUUGCUGUCCCUGUGGUCAUGAUCUGUAGAUGUCUUUGUACCUCUCCCUUCCUGUCCCCAAGUUGCCCUUCACCUAUUCUUGCCUUUUCUUCCCAAACAUGUUGCUAGAUUCUGGACCCUAACCCUGAUGUUCCCUAAAUACUGGCCUAACCUCUGCCAACCCUACCUCCACUGCUCACAAGUUCCUCCUCAUUGUCAAUUUUGGACACUUCCAAGCAUGCCAGCUUCCGUACUCACUGACCAGCUGCAUCCUGCCUUGCGGGAUUCAGCUUCAUGCACCCUCUGUCUCCUCCUCUUCCAAAUACCCUUGUCCUCUCCCACCUGGAAACGUUCCAUGUGUGUGAAAGAGUUGUAUGUCUGCAGAGCAGUUCAAAUCUGGCCAUGUGUGUUGGCAAAGAAAGCAUUCCAAUGAAUGGUGGUAUCCUCACACCCUCACAAAAUUCUCAUGCAGGCAGGUUUUUUAAGAUUCUUAUGAGAAAUGUUUUGAACAUGUUACUGUGUGGCAGGGCAAUUUCCUUUUUGUGAUGGUUGCUGUACCCAGUAUUUCCUGUCUCACAGUAGAGUAAAAAUAUUUGUAAAAUAAAACCGUUUUCACCAGAAGAAGAAGCAGGUUAAUAGGUUCAAUGUUCAUGAGUGUCAAAAGGUCUGAAAAUACGCAGAGGUCUUGUCUUACAUGAGGAUGAGAUUUUGAUUGUAUAAGAUGACCCCAGCCGUUUCACUUGCGUGCUCCCAGAUUUCUGAGUAUCAUAGUAUUGGCAAAGGCAACAUUAAAAGCUUAAAGGGGAGGAGUUAGCCCACUAACUAAAGCCAUUGGCUCAAAGCAUGAAGAAAUUCCAGUUUUCCCUGGGCAAUCAGGAGAGAAGGCCCUGAGAAAGAAGGAAACAAAAGUAUGUCAGCAGAAGCCUUUGGCAUUUUCUGGAUUGGGCAAAGCCCACUCUAAAAUUCAGGAGAAACAGUUUUGAAAAAAAUACUCAGAGCACAGCCUCCUUCUUGGUCCACAACAGGGUAUAAUGGGCUCUGGGUAUCCUAAAGACCCUGAGGACCCCAACCCUCAGGUAGCCCAGGCAGAGGAAGACUAGCCAAACUGACAUUAGAAGUUAAUGAAGCAGACAUUUUUAUGGUUGAAGAUGCCUGCUGUGAAUUUGGGAAAUGGAUUAUGCCUGAGGCGGCCAUCUAUUUGUAGAAAGCAAUUGCUCCCUAACCUUCUAGGCUUCCUAUCCAAUAGGAAACAUCCUCAUUGAUCCUCUUCCAUUGGAGCAUCCCAAAUUUAAUCUGGAAGACAAAGUGUUUGGGAACCAAAAGAGGCCCAGAGAGUCCUCAGAGUUGCUAUAAUUGGAAAAUGAUGAAAAAGGGACUAAUAAUCAGAUCUAGCACAGUGCCUUGCCUAGAAUAUCUAUAAAGAUGAUGAUUUCUGGAAGGAAUGAAUGAUGACAUGAGAAGACAUAAGGAAGAAUGGGCUUAUAGGUCCUAACUAAAAGCAGAGGUGGACAUGAGAUGCUUGGCAUUCUGGGAAGUGACCAGAGAUGGCCAGCUCUAGAUGCAACAUCUCCCAGGUCCUCAUGUGCCUCUUCAAGAGGCAAGGUACUGCUCAGUAGGAAUCUCGUUGUUCUUAAGAUCUAGCCCCGUGUUUCUCAAAGUGUGGACCAGCAGUAUCAGCAUCACCCUGGACUUGUUAGAAUGCCAGUUUUGGGUCCCCACCCCAUCUCUACUGAAUCAGAAACUCCAGGGAUGGAGCCGAUCAAUCUGUGUUUACAAGCCCCUCAGGCCAUUGAGAAGUAUACUGAAGUUUGAGAACCAGUGUACUAGGCCUUUCCAGCUCAGUCCCCGAAGAAAGUUUAGGAAUAAUAGUCUAUAGAUGGGAGGGACCCAAGUGCCUACCUACUUGCUAACAGCAGGUGCAAACACCAGGCUGAGUUUGGUGGGCUUGAGGCCAGAAGAGUGGGUGGGGAGGGCUGGAGGUAGAGGGUAAGAUUCAGGGCAAGAUGAAAAUCUGCCAUCACAAUGUUUUCCAAAAUCUCAGAAGGCAAGCUGUGCAUGCUCUACCCUGAAUUACCCCAGCCCACAUUUUCUCCCUUGCCUUAUUCCUAAUUGGGUUCACUGUCCAAAAUGCAGAGGUUUGCUUUGCUUUUUUUUUUUUCCCCUCCAGAAGUUCAAAACAGCAACUUUGAGAGCAAUGGGGUGCUUGGCAGCUGUUCUGUGUUUUUCCAGGAUUCCAACUGAGCAUUGAAAUCCCUCAUUUGCCAACUUAUUUUUAUAGGAAGCCAAUUUAAAAAAAAAUAAAGUUUUCUUAUAGUAUUGGAACUACUUCUAAUUUUCAAAUGACUUUUUUGAUGUAUUUUUUUUGUUAAAUACUAUGUAGUGUAAUGUAUAAUUGCUCUUGUUUAUUGCUUUUACAAUCAUAUUUAUUAAACAGAUAAUGUCUCUAAA